GUGACUAGAAAUGGAGGUAAAUCUCAUUUUAAAUAAGUACGCUAUCCCUAGUGUUGCAGCAGAGGAAAAACAACGUUGCAUAAAUUGAGAUGCAGAGUGCACUGACAUUCACGGUGAUGCACACUGGAAGGAUACAUGUCAUCGAAAGUAUAAGUAAAGAUGAACAAGAGCAGCCCAUACCAUCUACUGUUUAAUCAUAAUAAAGAAACUAAGGAAGACUAAUGCCUAGGAUUAACAAGUCUGUGAUUUUGGCCCUUCUGACUGUGACCAGUUCAGUAUUCCUCUUAUUCCAGCUGUAUUAUUAUAAGCAGUAUUUAUCAAAGGAUGGAGUGCGUAAUUUUAACAGCCUGUCUGCAAAUGAUGCACAGUGGCAGGUGGUUAAAAAGUUCCUCGACUUGGUGGGCAGACACAACUUGCCAGUGUACCUCAUCGACCCCUUGACCCUGGGCUUACUAACUCCACAUACACAGCAACUGAAGGAGAGUGACUCUAAAGGGCCAAGCUGCAAGUAUUUCUGUGCCCUGAGAGAGUUUACUACAUUUGCACUGUUAGCCAAACUGUGGAAAUAUGAUUCUGCCCUGGCCAGGUCUGCUGCAGAGAAGGGGUUUGAGUUUCUGGAGCUGCGUGGGAAGGACCCUCGUCUGGCUGGCAUGGAUGACCUGUCUGGGACCGAGAUCCCACUGCACUUUAUCUUCAAGCUGCAGUCUCACGCCGUCCACCUGGUGGUAUUCUAUGAGAGGAGCGGCAACUACCUCUGGCAUGGACCCCUGCGGCUCAAGCCGAACAUGGACAGGAAGUUUGUGCCCUUCCGAAAACUGGAUUUUGGACACCAAGCCGGGGCGUAUGACAGACCAGAACUGCUGCUGACUUCCAUUGAUGGUCUGGAGAUGCGCAUUCCGAAGAACGUCUCGCGAUUUCUGGGUGAAGUGGCCAAUUCCAGGUUUCUGGAAUGCAGAUACAAGGAGGCACGGGCUUUCUAUCAGCUAUACCCUGAUGAUACCUCCCAGGAGGCAGUGCAGUUCAGGAAGAAUGCCAAGACCUUGCUUCAUCUGGCGGCCAGGACCCUGAGCAGCCUGGGAAUGAGGUUCUGGCUGAGCAGUGGGACCUGUCUAGGCUGGUUCAGGCAGUGCAGUGUCAUUCCUCACAGUAAAGAUGUCGACCUAGGAAUAUGGAUAAAAGACUACAGGUCUGACAUUAUCCCAGCAUUCCAGAGGGCAGGCCUUUCACUAAAGCACAAAUUUGGAAAGGAGGAAGACAGCCUGGAGCUCUCCUUCCAGGCUCAAGACGUGAAACUCGAUAUCUUCUUCUUCUAUGAGGAGGAGGAUCAUGUGUGGAAUGGAGGGACCCAGGCCAAGAGUGGAAAAAAAUUCAAGUACAUGUUCCCAAAGUUUACUCUGUGCUGGACUGAGUUGGUGGAGCUCAAGGUCCAGGUUCCCUGUGAGACAAUGGAUUACAUUGAAGCAAAUUACGGUAAGAGCUGGAACGUGCCGGUGAAGACGUGGGACUGGAAGAGUUCUCCAGCCAAUGUCCAGGAGAACGGGGUCUGGCCUGUUGGAGAAUGGGACGAGGUCAUUCAGGUCUACUGAGCGGGGAUGGACGAACAAAGAGCAGUUUAGACAGCAUCACAUGGAGUUUCCUCAAAUGGAGCUUCAGGUUCAAUUCCUUGAGAAAGCAGAGAGGGGUUGCAGCCCAGCUGUGUCCAUUUUGUGCAUAUGUUGUGUAAUCCAAUUAUGGCCAAUCUGUUUAGCCAUUUACAAUGACCCUGUACUUAAGGAAUGUGUUUUUAUCCCUUGAUAUCCUGAAUACAUAAAGUCACUUUGGGACUGUUGUUUCCAUUAACUGGGAAAAGACCACUGUUUUCCACCUUUUAGUACCACCUCAAUUUGAAUAAAAAAAAAAAAUACAAUUAUUUCACUAGGGAAGUAAAUCAACUUUUAAACUCCUUUUCUGCGUUAUUUUUCCAGGACUAAGUCGUCUUUGUUUUGCAGAAUUGUUAUAUCUUAUUUAAUUGGGCUUUUCCAUUUUAAAUACUAUGUAUGCAGUAGUCUUAUAUUAUGAAUUAAACAAUACAUUUUUAAUUGUGUUAAUUUUUUCCUCUAAAACUGUAUUUUCCGAAUAAUGGGAGAACAUUACGAACGUUAUUUCAAACUCUCUUGGAGUUUAAUGUUUGAAGUUACUAUCGUCCUAAAUUGCUUGCCACAACCCCUUUGCAAAUGAGGCCAGGGUCUCAGUCGGUUAACUGCCGGUAUAAAUAAUAAACACAUAAAUAAUGAAUCAAUGGCAUGUAUCUUAUAAAUAUAAUUUACUGAUUUUAUGUUCAUUCAAUAAAAAAACAUUGUAUUAAAAAGUUUCUAUUUGUCUUGAUGCCCAUUUUUUACACCCCACAAUUAAUUGCUUCUC